AUGCAUUCCAGGGGUAGUCAGGCCAUGGCAAGUUCUGAACCCGACACUCUAAGGAAGACAGCCGUGGAGACCGAGAUAGCUGUUAUGUCUUGUUCAACAGAUCCAGCAUGGUACCGUCAGCCUCAUCUAGUGUACCUGAACUACAUAAUUAUCUCCCUGGUUCUCUUCUCUUCGGCCAAUGGGUACGACGGCUCUCUCAUGAACGGCCUGCAGGCCUUGAAUGAGUGGAACCGUUUUAUGGACUAUCCGACCGGCGUCAAACUAGGAUGGAUCAAUGCAAUCAUCCUGCUAGGCACCGGGGUGGGGUCCCCUAUUGCCGCCUGGGUCUCGAACCGCUUCGGACGUAAGCCGGGACUCAACGUCGGUUACCUCUUUAUGAUCCUCGGCUCAGUACUGCAGACCGCCUCUCCGAAUCCGACGGCAUUCUUGGUGGCCCGUCUGUCUAUCGGUGUGGCAUCGGCUCUUUUCGGAGUCGCCGCUCCCUUGCUCAUCAACGAGAUAGCGCAUCCCAGACACCGGGGCAUGGUCAACUCGCUGUUUAUGACCGGAUGGUAUAUGGGGGGUAGCAUUUCUGGGUGGGUUAUAUUCGGAGUCCGAACCUAUUCCUCCUCGUGGUCAUGGCGCCUUCCAUCGCUUCUGCAGGCUCUUCUCCCGGCCGUUGCCUUGCCGGGGCUCCUUCUCGCUCCAGAGAGUCCUCGAUGGCUUAUUUCGCAAGGACGUGAGGAAGAGGCGCAUGCCAUUCUGACGCGGUAUCAUGCAGGCGGGCGCCGCUCAUCCUUGGUCGAUGCCGAAUUUGAGGAGAUUCGCGCGACGAUUCGAGCCGAGCAAGACGCUCACAAGGGUGCCAGUUACGUGGAGAUGUUCCGUACUCCAGGGAAUCGCCAUCGACUGAUAAUCUCCCUCAGUUUGGGCUUUUUCGCCCAAUGGGUCGGCAAUGGUGUCAUCUCAUACUAUCUAACUCUUAUCCUCAAUACGGUUGGGGUGACCAGCGCCAGAGAUCAGACGCUCAUAUUGGCCUGCAUGCAGAUGUGGAAUCUCCUGUUUGCCAUCGUAGGUUCGGUGCUGGUUGACCGAUUCGGGCGCCGUCCACUCUUCCUUACAUCCGCCGUGAUCAUGCUCGCCAGUUAUAUCCUCGUCACGGCACUAUCGGCUUCUUUCACAGUGACUCGUCACGCAGCCACGGGAGUUGCGGUCAUACCAUUCCUCUUCAUCUUCUUUGCUGGAUAUGGCGUUGCUUUAACCCCAUUGCUUACGGCGUAUCCGUGCGAGAUCUGGCCGUUCCGUCUUCGAUCCCGCGGUCUGGCCGUAACCUGGAUGUCUACUAUCUGUGCCGCGUUCUUCAAUAUUUUCGUCAACCCAAUCGCCCUGGAGGCUAUUGCAUGGAAGUAUUACUUGGUUUUUAUUGCGGUCCUACUGCUGUUUGGUGUCACUGCGUAUUUUGUGUAUCCUGAAACCAAGGGCUACACGCUGGAACAAGUAGCCAUCAUAUUUGACGGACCGACAAGGCCAGUGGGUGAUAUCGAAACAGAACCGGAAUCAGUUGUUAUCACACAGGAUCUCAAAGGUGUCAGGUCUACAGUCCAUCAAGAGACUAUCUAA